GUGCGAAUAACGUGUUGAGUGAAUGAGUGCUGAUUUGCAUUCAAUUUUCAAUUGUUUAGUGUUUUUGUCGAUUCAUUUGAAUUGGAUUUAAGUACAGGUUUUAGGGUUUGAUUGACAGCUAAAUAGUGAUCAUUGGGGAAGACAUGAGCGAAAAGACUGAUCCAAAGGACGGCAAUAAUGUGGACAAAGAAGAGACGGGCGAUGGAGCGCCAGCCGCAGAUGGAAACCGGGAUGAGCUGACUAUGGCUCAGGAGAAACAGAUCGAGAAAGAGAUCGCCGACAAUAUAGAUCUGAUUGGACAGCGACUACAGGUCUCACAACUUCUCAAUGAAUAUUCAGCCGACGAUCACAUCUAUCGGCAAAAGAUUUCUGAUUUGCAAAAGAGUUAUUCGGAUUUACGAAAGACAAGACCCGACGGGAACUGCUUUUUCCGGGCGUUUAGUUUCGGUUAUUUUGAGUAUUUAUUGACACAUCGGGAAGAGUUGGACCGGUUUUGGCCGAUUGCUCAACAAAGUAAGGAUAAACUGGUCGAACAGGGGUUCCCUAACUUCACUAUUGAAGACUUCCACGAUAUGUUUAUGGAUACGUUAAAGAAGAUUAGCGACGGAAUGAAAAGCGAACAAUUGGUGCAACUCUUCAACGAAUCGGGAGUUUCCGACUAUUUAGUGGUUUACGUCCGACUCAUCACUUCAGGACAUCUUCAGAAAGAGUCGGACUUUUUUAUGAAUUUCAUUGAAGGCCACAGAACUGUAUCCGAGUUUUGUAAGCAAGAAGUAGAGCCCAUGUAUAAAGAGAGUGAUCACAUCCACAUCAUUGCUCUCACGCAGGAGUUCAAAGUUGGCGUCCGAAUCGUUUACAUGGAUAGGGGAGAGGCAGAGAAGGCCAACACUCAUGACUUUGGCAUCGAUGAGGGGUCGGCCGAACCGCCCAAAGUAUGUCUCCUCUACAGACCGGGUCAUUACGAUAUACUCUAUCCAAUCGUUUGAAGCAUUAAGUUUUAUUAUUAUUACUUUUUAUAUACAGUAUAAAGAGAUAAUAAA